AUGGGAGAGCUGGCAGAUUUCCUCGUCGAACGAGACGAGAACUUCCGCAAAGCCCGUUUACCCGCCCUUUACUCCGACUUCCGCACCCAACGAACCCUCAAUCCGGAUGGCUUCCAGGCCAACGUCAGCGCCUGGCGUCAGGCUCUCGCCCGCGCCGCCUGGGAAGGCAGGAUAGCGUCCCAGGUCUCGGCCCCAAACCUUCUAGUCGUAAAUGUAGACGAGCAGCUCGUGCGUUCCCUCGAAAGCAAGCAAUUCGGCCGCCCAUUGGCGCUGGGUACGGUCGUCAGGGAGGCGGUAGGCGAGAAGGAUCUAUACCCGCUCAAGGAGUUCCUGAGCGCCAAGGAGAGCAUAUAUGCGGGGAAGACAUGGGCACAGGUGCCGUGGAGCGUGGUAUCGUGGGCGGCAGGGCAGCUGGGGUUCAGUGGGAAGUCGAUUUCGGGCGAGGACAAGCUGCCACAGGGCCGGUUCGUGGUCAUCAAGAACGUCGAAACGACUGCAAAGAGCCUCGCCGAGAAAGUGACUUCGUCCGACACAAGAUUCGACAGAACGUAUACAAAAUCCCACUUCCGCAAGACCUUCGCCGACACCCUGGUCCAAGAUCGCAGGCUAUCCGAGACGGACGUUGACAUCCUCCUCGUCUUCCUCUCGCGGGACAAGGGCAUCGUGGUCUACGACGGACAGGUGGUCAAGAUCAAGGGCACCACAGACGAGGACGAGUCCGCUAUAACGGAGGAGGACGCGGCCGUCUCGUCGCUCAAAGAGCUCAUCGCCGAUAUGAAGGAACAGACGGAGCUCCUCAUGCGACGCGUCGAUGAUCUUACGGCCGCGGCCAAGGAGGCCGUCUCGAAGAAGAACAAGGUCGCAGCGCUGGCGGCGCUCAAGUCGAAGAAGAUAACCGAGGCAUCGCUGGAGAAGCGCUUCGCUACGCUGAACCAGCUCGAGGACGUCGCGUCGCGGAUCCAGGAGGCCAGGGACAACGUGCAGCUCGUCAAAGUCAUGGAGGCGAGUGCCGGCGCGCUCAAGGGUCUCAACGAGAAGGUCGGCGGUGCGGACCGCGUGGGCGAUGUCGUCGACAGGUUGCGCGAGCAAAUGGGCGAGGUCGACGAGGUUGGCAAGAUCAUCUCCGAGGCUGGCGCGGCGCCGGUGGAUGAGUUCGAGGUCGAUGACGAGCUGGAGGCUAUGGAACGCGAGGAAAGGGAGAAGGAGGAGGCGGUGGAGCGGGCCAAGAAGGAGGCGCAGGAGGCAAAGGAGGCCGAGGAGACGCGGCGCCGGCUCGAGAAGGAAAUGGCGGAGCUGCGGCCGCCUGUCACGGAGCCCUCGGAAAAGGAGGGCACGAGGGAGAAGACGCAGACACCGACGGGGGAAACGGCGGACAGCUUGGAGAAGCUGGAGCUCGGAGAGCGGGAGAAGCCAUUGCCCGCGCAGUAG